AUGCAGGCCGACACCUCAGCACCGGUAACAAUCCGCACCCGCAAGUUCAUCACGAACCGCCUCCUGGCGCGUCGCCAGUUUAUCGUCGAUGUCCUCCACCCCAACCGCGCGAACGUCUCCAAGGCGGAGCUCUCUGAGCGGCUCGCGCAGAUCUACAAGACCGACAAGGCCCGUGUCGUGACCUUCGGCCUGAAGACUGUCUUUGGUGGUGGCAGGAGCACAGGCUUCGGUCUGAUCUACGACGAUGAGGCGUCGCAGCGGAAGUUCGAGCCCAAGUACCGGUUGAUUCGGUCUGGCCUUGCGCAGGCACCACCGAAAACUAACCGCAAGCUGCGCAAGGAGCGCAAGAACCGUGCGAAGAAGCUCCGCGGUACGAAGAAGGUCAAGGCGGCCGAGCCCCCCAAAAAGGGCAAGUAA